ACUCGGGGCUGAUGAAAUCGACCUGAAAUCUGGACUGUCUACAAUACUGCCUGUUCCGCAGCGCGUCAGAACCUCGCCUCCUCUUCCUUUUGUCUACUUUCCCUCCUGGACUCUUUUCCCCAGAUAUCAAAGUCUACUGAUACCGUGAGUUUCCGCUCUCAGGGUGCCUGAAGGACCAAAACAGAGCGGGAGGAACGAGAACGGAUCAGGAGCUACCGCAAAUGACUCCAUCCCGAGGGGCGGAGUCUUUGCUCUCAGGACCGCGGAACCGGGCGUGAAGGCCGACCACGCAGGCGCAGUGUGCCGGGAGGAGCCAUGCCGACUGUCAGUGUGAAGCGGGAUCUGCUCUUUCGAGCCUUGGGCCGGACCUACACUGAUGAAGAGUUUGAUGAACUGUGCUUUGAAUUUGGUUUGGAGCUUGAUGAAAUCACUUCUGAAAAGGAAAUUAUAAGUAAAGAACAAGGAGAUGAAAGGGCAGAGGGUGCCUCCGAUAUCAUUCUCUACAAAAUUGAUGUCCCUGCUAACAGAUAUGAUCUCCUUUGUCUGGAAGGAUUGGUUCGAGGGCUUCAGGUUUUUAAGGAGAGGAUAAAAGCUCCAAGAUACAAACGGAUAAAACCUAAUAAUGGACAGAUCCAGAGGUUGAUUAUCACCGAAGAGACUGCCCAAGUCCGUCCUUAUGCUGUAGCAGCAGUUCUUCGAAACAUAAAAUUUUCCAGAGCUCGCUAUGACAGCUUCAUUGAACUUCAGGAGAAAUUACAUCAGAACAUCUGCAGGAAAAGAGCCUUGGUCGCAAUUGGUACUCAUGAUCUGGAUACUAUCUCAGGACCAUUUACUUAUACAGCUAAGCCUCCUUCGGAUAUUAAAUUCAGGGCACUAAAUCAGACAAAGGAGCACACGGCUUGUGAACUGAUGGAUUUAUAUAAGACUGACAACCACCUGAAACAUUUCUUGCACAUUAUUGAAAAUAAGCCCGUAUACCCAGUUAUCUAUGACAGCAAUGGUGUGGUCCUUUCAAUGCCUCCAAUCAUCAAUGGUGAUCAUUCGAAAAUCACAUUAAAAACCAGGAAUGUGUUUAUUGAAUGCACAGGAACUGAUCUUACUAAGGCAAAAAUAGUCCUUGAUGUCAUUGUCACAAUGUUCAGUGAAUAUUGUGAGAAGCAGUUUACGGUUGAAGCUGCUGAAGUAAUUUAUCCUGAUGGGAAAUCCUAUAUGUAUCCAGAAUUAGCUUACCGAAAGGAGAUGGUGAAAGCUGAUUUAAUUAACAAGCAAAUAGGAAUCAGUGAAACUCCAGCAAGUCUUGCAAAACUUCUGACCAGGAUGUAUUUAAAGUCAGAAGUCAUAGGGGAUGGGAACCAGAUAGAGAUUGAAAUCCCUCCAACCAGAGCUGACAUUAUCCAUGCCUGUGAUAUUGUAGAAGAUGCAGCUAUUGCUUAUGGUUAUAACAACAUUCAGAUGACUAUACCGAAAACGUACACCAUAGCUAAUCAAUUACCUCUGAAUAAGCUUUCAGAACUCUUGAGGCAUGACUUGGCAGCAGCAGGAUUCACUGAAGCGCUUACCUUUGCUCUGUGCUCCCAAGAGGAUAUUGCUGAUAAACUUGGCACGGAUAUUUCUGCAACGAAGGCAGUUCACAUAGCCAACCCCAAGACAGCAGAAUUUCAGGUAGCACGUACAACUCUUCUUCCUGGGCUCCUGAAGACAAUUGCUGCUAAUAGGAAGAUGCCCUUACCUCUGAAACUGUUUGAAAUUUCUGACAUUGUAUUAAAGGAUUCCAGCAGAGAUGUAGGUGCAAGAAACCACCGGCAUCUCUGUGCUGUUUAUUACAACAAAAACCCUGGGUUUGAGGUUAUCCAUGGACUGCUGGAUAGAAUCAUGCAGCUACUGGAUGUGCCAUUUGGUGAAGACAAGGGAUAUGUGAUCAAAGCAGCUGAAGGCUCUGCUUUCUUCCCUGGACGAUGUGCCGAGGUCUUUGCAAAGGGUCAAAGUGUCGGGAAGCUCGGAGUCCUUCAUCCCGACGUUAUUACCAAAUUUGAGCUGACCAUGCCAUGCUCUGCUCUAGAAAUCAAUGUUGAACCCUUUUUGUGAAAAUAGGGCGAUGUGCUGUGAGCCUCCCCAAAAGGCUCCCCUUUCUUUCCCCCUAGUGUCUCUAAGUCCUCCAUAGGGAACAUGCAUUUGUGCUUUAAUGUUUAAUAAAGUAGAACAAUGUUGUCUGGC